UAUGGCUAGGGAUAUUCCUCUGCAUCUUUUGUCAUUCCUCCCAGUUCGAUCGGCAACGGGAGCGGAGAGAGGAAAGUUGAGAGCCCGAAGGCAGCAGCCCCCACCACCGCCGGCCCAGGUUACCAUCUAGCACCGGGAAACACACUAGAGAGCCACCGCCGGCAAAAGCCAUAACCAACCAGAAACCAUGAGCAGCGAGGCCGAGACACAACCGCCGGAGCCUGCUGUCGAUGCGGAGAGCCCAUCCAACCCGGCGGCAGCCGCCGUUUCCGCGGGGGAUAAGAAGGUCAUCGGUAAGCAAGCUAGCUAACGUUAGCCAGAUGAACCAUUAAAUGCAAAUGUGGAUUUAUUGGCACGCUAACGUUACUCCCAAAAAGCGUACUGACUCGCUUAGCUAUAAGCUAUUUCCGUUGACUAACUAAUGUUAGCUAGUUCACAUAACGUCCUCUGAUUAAAACAUAACUACCUAAAUAGCUAUGUCUAAAUUAUGCUAAUAUUGUUAUUGGCUAGCUAGUUGUUAGUUAGCAACCAUUAACUAGUGUAGUGUUCAGUUCCUUUAUUUAGUUUGCUAGCAGGAUGGCUGGUUUGAAAUCGUUUAACGUUAUCUAUCGUUCCUAUAGUCAACGUUAACUUCGACUAACAGUACGUUAGUUGGCCAAUGUGCCAAUUCAAAAUGUCUGUUGGUCUACAAAUGUUUUGCUACCUAACGACCGUAGCCAAAUUCACAUACUAGCUAAAGUUUAGUUAGCUACCUAACGGGUAACGCGUCAGUCAGUUUGACCACACACCUGAUCUGUGAGACAAGUUCAGAGGUAACGUUAGUUGACUAACUAAUUAAUACUGUAAUGAAUGUGGGAUGGCCUCAGUGGUUUGGCACAUGUUGUAAUUGUAACCAACGUUAGCUAGAUUAGCCUUACCUCCUUGUCCGCAUUCUCGUGCAUUCAGCAGUGUUUUAGCCAGCAGUUAGCCUAUCUACUAAACAGUUUGAAGAGGUUGAUAUUGGCCGCGAUCAUUGACCGGUUCCCGGAUUCGUAACGCACUGGUUGCACAUAAAGAACCGUUACCAAUAAAUUGGUCGUUUAUACAACAGUUUUGCGUGUAUUUCAGUUUCUAAAGUAAUAAUAGCCGUUUAGGAACUUGGAACAAACAAUUCAUUGAUGGAGGCCUCUGUCUGACUACACUGCAGCCACGAAUCACAAUUGCAGUCGUAUCCCUUUGUUCGCAGCCAUGCACAUACUAAUUAACUUGCUUGAUUGCGCUCGUGCUAGCCAUCUAGCUAAUACGUUGCUAACGUUAGAUAACUAUAUAACUAAGUGUAUGAUGCAAAGUUAUUAUUUCGUGUUAAGUUGCAGAUGGCUAAGCUAGUCAGCUGGCUAGCUUUCCAUUCGGUCGACUUGAUAGCUAGAGGGGCACUCAAAAUGUCCGCCUUGAUGUUCGGAUUCUACGAAUUUAUUUCGUCUCGCUUUGGCUGACAAUUGUACUUUUAUCACGCAUGAAACCGUACCCACCACUCGCAUUCUAAAUACUCACUCGGUAUUCAUUUGACGCGAUGAAUGACAUCCUGGCUCAUGUCCAACCACAUGGUUGAGACCAAAGAUAAUCUGCUAACGUUAGCUUGCUAUUUAGCUAGCUAUCUUCAUAGGGCGCGACAACACGUGCGAAGAUUCAAGCACUUGCGCAUUUGAACUGGGGAAAUGGUUUUGCGUCUAGCUAGUUACCUAGUAUUCAUAAAUUAUGCCCAGGCAGUUCUGCGCGGUAAAUAAUUAGUAGCCCAGCUUACACAUUACAUUAGCUAUGCUACCUCCAGGGCAUGCACUCUCACUCUGAUCAGUUUGGUUAAAUGCUGGUAGGCCACACUGAAUGUCUAGGCUAGUACUGAUAUGUUCUGUCCUCAUAAGACCCUCGUCACGUAGGAUGGGCACUUUUAGCCAGCCGCCUGCACGCCUGACUCGCACCAGUCUAGUCAAUAACAAGACUCUCCCAUAAAUAUUUCCUUCCCAUUUUUUAUUUUUAUUCCCAAGGGAAAUGUUUGGAAACAAGUAAUAAAAAAUAACAUACAUUUACAAACAAACAGCACAUCCUCCAUAUAAUUAAUCUGUAAUAGGACACUGUAAGAGCUAUUUUUACUUGCACACAAUAUAGCUGGGUUGCCCCAUCCUGUUCCUAGGGGUCCACCACCCUGCAGCCCCCCCACUCAGCUUUAGGAUCUUAGUGAAACAUUCAUUACUGGUUUCGGGUGUGUUAGGCCAAAGCCAGAGUGACAAACUACAGGACGGCAGCCCCCCAGGGCCAAGACUGAGCAGCCCAGCAGCUAGGAAUUGCCUAAAUGGAUAUCUCCCCUGACGUGGGCAUGUUUUCAAUAGACUUCUUUUGUCGUACUGUAUUCCAUAGAAGGCAUCCAGACUUUAUGAAAGUUGCCCAAUAUAGCCUUAAUCUUGUAAUCAAAUAUAGUGAUACAUAACUUGACAUUUCUUCCAUCCUUUGUGUUAUUGUGGAAGGAUAACCAACCUUCCAAUUAAUGGCAAUGCAUUUCUUAGCCGCUAAUAAAUGCUUGGUUAUAGUUUCUUGUGAUAAGUCUCCGGUCUCAACAUUUCCGAGCAAACAAAAACGGAGAAGGGAGAAUCUGUAGACAUGCUGAGAUAAAAGAACAUACUCUUUGCCAGAAUUCAGCCAGCCUCCACAAGACCAUAACAUAUGCAAAUGUCCCCUUUUUGUUAAUUUACCUCCACAAGAGGAAUUACAUUUCUGAGUGCGUGUUGUUUCGCUGGCAUAUAGUACUUUCUAUGGAUGGUUUUACACUGCAGUUAUUUGUCUGAGAUUAUAUGAACAUGACUCGGCAUUCAAACAUAUUUGUAUCCAUCCAUUCAUCAUCAAUAGCUUCUACCAGGUUUUCCCUCACAUUUUUGUUUUACGUUUUUGUGUCAUCGGGAAAAGCCUCUAUCAACCCUUGAUACAGUUUGGAAAUCAACUUUUGAGGUUUGUCAGACUGCCUUAAAAUAGUUUCAAUAUUUGAAGCAUCUGGCUUGUCCAGUGCUUAAUGCACAGAGAUGAGUGUUCUUUCUGCAAAAACUCACCUCAGCUUUGUCAGACUGGUCUUCCCUGGAUGCUUGACCCUGCAAAAAUAAUGACCUUGGUGUACAUUUAUACAUUAUAUUAACCAAGAGUAGAAUCAAUGGUUCAAUAAUUGAAAUGACCAUAUCCCAGAUUCCAGACUGUAGCUUUAAGCUUAAGCUGCUGUCCUGUAGCUACUGUAGGUCUACCCAUCAACUCAAGAUGGGUAUCAUUCACUGAUAUUAAUAUACUGCAAGAUUCACCUGAGCUCCGUAGACUGAUCUUCCCUGGCUGUCUAACCCUGCUGGGACACCUGCCACCAUGCGAUCCUGCUAAGACUUGAUGAGCAUAAUGUUGUGUACAGACUGCACGAUGACAGUGAAGCCUGUAGAGCUGUUUAUUACUGUGUCAUUGUGAAAUGUAGGGAAUUAGUUAGGGAAACUGGCAGAUGUUUCAUGUUACAAUGCUAUACAGACGCUUGUAAAAAUUCAGUGCACUGAAACAAACGACAGACCAUCGACCUUCAAUCGUUUGGCCGCUGAUUUCGUUUGAUUUCUCCAAACAGUACGAUCUUUGUCCCCAUGUGCAGUUGCAAACUGUAGUCUGGCUUUUUAUGGCGGUUUUGGAGCAGUGGCUUCUUCCUUUCUGAACGGCCUUUCAGGUUAUGUCGAUAUAGGAUUCGUUUUACUGUGGAUAUAGAUACUUUUGUACCUGUUUCCUCCAGCAUCUUCACACGGUCAUUUGCUGCUGUUCUGGAAUUGCACUUUUCACACCAAAGUACGUUCAUCUCUAGGAGACAGAACGCGUCUCCUUCCUGAGCGGUAUGACGGCUGCGUGGUCCCAUGGUGUUUAUACUUGCGUACUAUUGUUUGUACAGAUUAAUGUGGUACCUUCAGGUGUUUGGAAAUUGCUCCCAAGGAUGAACCAGACUUGUGGAGGUCUACAAUUUUUCUGAGGUCUUGGCUGAUUUCUUUUCAUUUUCCCAUGAUGUCAAGCAAAGAGGCACUGAGUUUGAAGGUAGGCCUUGAAGUACAUCCACAGGUACACCUCCAAUUGACUCAAAUGAUGUCAAUUAGCCUAUCAGAAGCUUCCAAAGUCAUGACAUAAUUUUCAGAAAUGUUCCAAGCUGUUUAAAGGCACAGUCAACUUAGUGUAUGUAAACUUCUGACCCACUGGAAUUGUGAUACAGUGAAUUAUAGGUGAAAUAAUCUGUCUGUAAAUAAUUGUUGGAAAAAUUACUUGUCAUGCGCAAAUUAGAUGUCCUAAUCGACUUGCCAAAACUAUAGUUUGUUAACAAGACAUUUGUGGAGUGGUUGAAAAAUGAGUUUUAAUGACUCCAACCUAAGUGUAUGUAAACUUCCGACUUCAACUGUACAUCAACUGGCGAAAACUAGCCAAGUUCAUUUACUUCUGUUGAAACGGGACAAAACAAAGGCUACAAAACAUUUCCAUACAAACAACUGUUGGAUAGCGAUAUGCAGUGGCUAUUAUUAAUAUCUGACAGAUAGCUAGAGCUGAACUGGCUGUGGUAGCUACUAAGCUAGUUAAUUCAUUCACCGCAGUCGAGAUGAAACAUGAGCUUUUUUAUCACAGUGCAAUGAUAAAACUGGGAGGGACAAAAUGCAAUUUCAGAAUGGGGGGUGGGUUAUGACCAUCCUGUCCACAGUGAAAGUCGUGCCACUGUAAUGGUGCUUUGCAUUGGACCAUGCCAUGGCAGGUGGCAGCAGAUGCCAAUGGUUUAGCAUCUGAAUCUAUAAAAAGCCCAACAGUUGGGGGUUAAAUAUAGCUUGCUUUCCCAGUAUCUUCUCUGGUCCUUGUCUGUAGUCUAUCAGUCUUGCCAUUAGAUUGCCCUCUUGAAGUGCUCCUCACAAUUUCCUGCCUUUGAUGCGCAAUAUUUGAAUGAGAAAGAAACUGCUAAUGUGCAUGUUCAAUUUGUUUUAGGGCUAUUGGAGUUGGUUCCACCGUAUAUCAUUAAUUUGAAUGCAAUUUUUUUUGUUGCGUUAUUCACACCUAAAUUGUGUAUACAUAUUUUUUUUCUUCCAGCAACUAAGGUCUUGGGUACAGUCAAAUGGUUCAACGUCAGAAAUGGCUACGGUUUCAUCAACAGGCAAGUUGCCCCCCUCUCCCAGGUGUCUCCUAAAGAUACUAAUAUGACGGGGGUGUGUGUGAGGGAACAUUCCCAAUCCUAUUACGGCUUGGAUUUUCUUACAAAGCUGGGAAGUUGAUUUGGCUGUUUACGGCAUGCUCUUGUUAUUGUGAAAAGACUCAAUGAAUGCACAACUAAGCCAGUUGAUUCUGUUAAAAUCUGUUAGCCUCAAUGUUACAAUCAACAUUUUUAAUCCAAUGGGUUUUACUGGCUUAUAUUUAACUACACCUUUUUCUCCCUUCACCCACAAGGAAUGACACAAAAGAAGAUGUCUUUGUCCACCAGGUAACAAUCUUCCCAAAUUCUCCAAUGGAUCAAGUAAUUUAUUGCCUAACAUUGAACUGUUUCCAGUAAUCAGAAUUCCAUUGUAGUUGGCACCUCAAAGACAAAAGUUUGUAAUGAAAUGUUUUAUACAUUUUUUAGACGGCCAUAAAGAAAAACAACCCAAGGAAAUACCUUCGCAGUGUUGGAGAUGGAGAAACUGUGGAGUUUGAUGUGGUUGAAGGGGAGAAGGUAGUUACAACUUUUUUUUUACACAACAGAGAGCUUUAUAUUAUUAGCUGUCAUAUCAAUUGGCACCACUCUUGCAGGCUCACAAAUUAUUUAAUACGACUUGUUUAAUAUGUUUAGGAAUAUUUGAAGGCAAUCAAAUUCUAGACUUUAAACUCUCGUACCUCCUCAAAGUUAUGAUAAUCAGUGAUUCUAAUGUGCCCAAUUUUGGAUUUGACCAGUCAACACUAUCAUGCAACGAUACACAGCUAAAACAACUUCAUACUCCAGAAGGGUAGUGUGCACCCCAGUGGUCCGAGCAGUGUUGUAUGUAUCUCUUCCCAGGGAGCAGAGGCAGCCAAUGUCACCGGCCCAGCGGGUGUCCCAGUCCAGGGGAGCAAGUAUGCCGCUGACCGGAACCGCUACAGGCGGUACCCCCGCAGGAGGGGCCCAGCCCGUGACGGCGAAUACCCAGACAACUACCAGAGCGACGGCGAGGGCGAAGGAGAGCGGCCCCCCCGCAAGAGCCGUGAGGGCACCGAGAGCGCCCCAGAGGGAGAAAUGCAGCCCCAGCAGCACAGGCCCUCCUUCCCUGGGAGACGGCGCUACCCUCCAUACUUUGUACGUAGACGCUACGGCCGUCGGCCCCCGUACACCAACGCACCUCGCGGAGAGAUGACUGAGGUACGCUGUCACAGGCACUCCUGAAGCAGUCCGGCCCCGUUCCAGUGAUGUCAUACACACUCUCGUCGAACAUGCGCGCCACACUUGGUUUUGGCCAGACAAAAUAGGUCUAUAUAUUGACUGUACUUAAAGUUGGCUCCAAACCACUGGUCAACAGACCAAAAUCAAACCUCGGUUUGACCGAAAUAGGUCUAUCAAUCAAACAUUCACACAAACCCCAGAUGUUAUAAGGUGAAUGCACCAAUUUGUAAGUCGCUCUGGAUAAGAGCGUCUGCUAAAUGACGUAAAUGUAAAUGUUACACCUACUGCUGAUCGCCAUACGUGCAGGGCUUCAAUCUAUAUAUAGCAAUGUUUUCCACAAGCACAUGGAGUAGCCAGAGUGGCUUGCCCCCCAGGGUUAAGCCAUUUUUGCAGGUAAAUGUUGAACUGGAAUGCAAAAAUGCGCUGAAAAGCUCUGGCCCGGCACAUGUUUUUGCUGGUCCUGGGCCAGCGGGCAAUCUUUAAUGUCGGACCCCUGCACGCGAAAUGAAAUAAAUGUGCCAGAAAACAAUAGGCUAAUUUGGAUUUUGACUCAUCGUUACCACAUAUGGGACGUGCAAAUUCAUGCUCUCCCCCUCCGUGUAAAGAAAUUUGACUGCAACCACGGCGCACACAACAUAUACCCAGGUAAUGAGAGGCGGGACGGACAGCAGACUGUCAAACUAGCAUUGUUUCUCUGUCAUCGUUGACUUUGUAACUGACAGGCAUCUGUCCUAUCAAUAGAUUACUAGAAGAUGCAUAUCGUUCAUUCAAACGGUAGGGCUUAGCAGACUUUUUUUUCUGACUAGCUAAUUGAAAAGGAGCCUUGUUAAUUUAAGUGGAAAAGUAUCCGGUUGAAAAUGAGUCAAGCUAGCACUAGUGGAAAACACUUGGGUUCGUAUAAUAUACUGACAGCACCUGAAGUUGGCUGCAAACCAUCAGACAAAUACUGAUUUGAAGAAAUCAGUCACUGAUUUCCUCAGUGAAUCAGUGGCUGGUGAUUAGUGAAGGUGCUGGAAGCAAAAUGCAAAACAGGAAAAAGUAGCUGCACAUUUUAAUAGUAGCUAAACAUUCGGUCAGUCGACCUUCAUCAGAGCAUAUUUUUUUCCUGUUUUUCAAGACUCGUUCUAUCCAAAAGGUGAGUUUCAGACCCGGAUCUAGGGUAUUGAAUCAGGACGUGGUGAGCACAGUGAUGUAUUGGUGUGACUAACUCUUGUUUGUUUUUAGGGUGGCGAAGGUGACGAGAACCAGGGAGGUCCAGACCAGGGCAACAAACCAAUGAGGCAGAACAACUACAGAGGCUUCCGACCAAGGUUCAGACCAAGGUUUGCGUGUUGAGUUCAUUGACACAAGGCUGCAACAAGGGGUUAUAUAACAGCAGAAAGCUUUGACAAAUUCAAAGCCAUAUAUAAUUUGUCUGUCAACUAAAGGUUAGGUGAAUUUGUCGCAAAGGUAUGUGAUUCGGAAUGUAUUUACUGCGACGUUACCAUUGGGCAGUUUACUGACUGCGCGUUCCCCUUAUUGCAGCCUAACAUUGAAUGGCAACUGCUUCCGAAAGUUUAUUUUACCUUGCAUUUAAAUGUUCUCUAUGGGUACUCCUUCAGAAAUGACAACGACUUCAUGUCUCUUUAGUCCUGAUUUUGUUUUUAUUAGUAGAAGUAUUCUGAAAUGUAUGAACAUGGCGAAUUGGCCAAACUAUCUAUGGACUAUGAUCUUGAAUAAUUCCUGAACCAAACAAUAUGUAAACAUCAAUGCCGUUGAAGUGAUGAGUUUCUAAUGUCUCUUCUCUGACAAUAAUAAUGGAGAGAGCAUAAACACCUCUGAUCUCAGCAUAUACAUAGUUAACGUCUACUGUCAUUCCCCCUCAACCACCCUGUAUAUGGCCCAUUACUUUCUCAGGUUAUUCCUGUUCCCAUUUUGGAUGUGUUAUGGCCUGUCAAACCUGUGGUCAUUGUUAUGGCACUGCCUUUACUCUCUUCCAGUAAGCACCAUGGUAUUUCAAUUGGUACUUGGUGUACAGGUUCAUACCCAUGACAGGAGUGAGCUCCACCACUUGUUUUAUAAACUCAAACACAUGGUGGCACUGCUACGCCAUGGUAAAUUCUUAGCUUGUUUGAGUAUAUGGCAGACUUGACAGAAGCCCAUUCCUAUAAUAUAAGGACAAGGCAGCACAUUUCACAUACUACACACAAAUGGUUCACAAGAUGCUUGGGCCAAGUCUCCUUGCAGCCAUGUAAUGCACAACCUCCCCUAAGCCAGGUGGAUCAAAUCCCCAUAAUUGCUUUUGGACACCUCCAAUUCCAUCAAAUCGGCAAACCCCAGGGUUGGGGUCAAUUCCAUUUCAAUUAAAGUAGUCAUCUGAAAUUCCAAUUUUACUCAAUGUUUUUGAGUUGGGAUUUCAGUUUACUUCCUGAAUUGAAAUGGAAUUUACUGUCAUAAUUUGAAGUUGUAUGGGUGCUAGGGACUGUUUUAAGAUUAGGCAGGUGUUAAAGUGUGUGUCCCGUCCUACAGCAGAGGUGGUGGUCCACCCCGUCCCAGACCGGUACGGGACGGCGAGGGGGAAAACAAGGAGAACCAGGGUGGUGACGGCGAGAACCAGGAGCCCCGCCAGCGGCGCUACCGCCGAAACUUCAACUACCGCCGCAGACGCCCACAGACCGGUGGCAAGCCCCAGGAUGGCAAGGAGGCCAAGGCCGACGGCGAACCAUCCCCUGAGAAAACGUCCGCUCCCGCAGCCGAGCAGGGCGGGGCUGAGUAGAAACUACCGGCAUACCAUCUCUAACAUCGUCCGGGUGAGUCCCCAACAAACCCAAAUAUUGCUACUCGGCGCUCAUCAGAUCUGCAUACCUGAUUUCUGGGAUAUGGGUAAACAAUUAUUUGUUUCCUAGGCAGAAAACAUGCUGGAUUGAAUUUCCAUGCAGUCAAGCUUAGAUUUUGUUCAUAGUGGACUGUGCUGGAUUAUUCAUGGUUCAUGUAAAAAAUAAAUUUUAAAUACAACUCUGAAUUUGGAAGAUUUUUGCCAAAUGAUAACUUAUCCCAGAAACCUGGUUAAGUAGGGUUUGAUUGAGUCCUCAGUAUGCAUUGUAUGAUCAGUUGAUUAGCUGUAGUCAUUCACAGCACUUCUCAAUAUAUGAUCAACAUUUUCAACCACUGGCCGCAUUAAAUCUGCUUGCAGGACGCAUCUGGCCCGCAUGCCCCCAGUUUGAGACCCCCAAUUUACAACAUAUCAUAAAGUCCAUCAGAUGGCAGUAGGCCUUGGUGUAGUGUCUCUGGCCAGUUCACUCGAGUUUAUAAAGCCAGCAUCAGUCUGCACCUUCCAUUGACGCUGCGCUCCAUCACCCAAGGCAGGGGCAGAAUGAGGUGAUGCCAUGGAUUUGAUCAAGCAAACUGGCUGCCUGACUGACUGCAGCCCUCCUGCCAUUGUGUCUGUUGGUCCUCCUGUCUGUUGUGAUGCUGCUGCACAUUCUGAGUUUACUGAUACAUUUACUGGUUAAAUCCCUUUACUGUAUCUUCUCUAACAAUCUCUCCCUCUUUUUUUCCCUCUACAGUUGUCAUCAAGAAGAAACAUCAAAGAUCUGAGCAAUAAGAAACAGAUGACUUGACGAUCGUCUUAAGCUUGUACCAUGCGUUUGACCAGAUUACCACCGAUUUGCCUGCAGAAUCUAUGCAGACCUGUUUUGUUCCAUUAUUUUUGUGACAGCUAAAAAAAAAAACUUAAAAAAAAAAAUUGGGAAACGGCAGAUGUUUUUUUUCUAAAUCGGUCCUAAGUUUUUACACCAAAUGGUUUUUAAAAGAAAAGUAAUUUGAUAUCUGGUCAGUUUGACAUUUUUAAAUAACUUUUUAUGUAUUCAAACAUGAAUUUUAACAAAAUGCAAGCUCAAAUAAAAAAAGGUCAACUGUCUACUCAACUGUUUUGCCUGACUAAAUGGGACCACCAUAACAUGGCUGAUGUAUUACAAUGUGUUGUUUUACCCCAACA